AUGACGCUUAAAAAGUCAGAAUUGUCUAAUAAUGACAAAUAUGGGAUUGUCAUAGAUUCUGGUUCUUCAGGUUCUAGAAUCCAGAUUUAUAAAUGGAAAGAUCCAAAACUACAACAAGAUUCACCAGAUAGUACAAUUUUACAAUCUCCACCAAAGAUUACCCAAGAGAAAGGUUGGACUCGUAAGACUACUCCUGGUAUUUCAAAAUAUAAUACUCAGCUGAAAAUCAAAGAAAUAUGGUCUCGUCACUAUUCAGAUUUGAUGACAUUUGCUGAAGGUAUCAUCCCAGCUGAUAAACAUAAAGAAACUCCGGUAUUUGUAUUAAGUACUGCUGGAAUGAGAUUAUUACCUGAAAAAACCCAAAAGAAGAUUCUCAAAGAAACUUGUAGAAGUAUUAGAGAAAAUACAAACUUCUAUUUACCCGAUUGUAAGAAUUUUGUUCAAAUUAUUGAUGGAUCAACUGAAGGUAUUUAUGGUUGGUUGGGAUUGAAUUAUUUAAUGGGACAAUUCGAUAAUUAUGACGUCGGAAAAUCCAUACAUGAGUCAAUUGGGUUUAUGGAUAUGGGAGGUGCAUCUACCCAAAUUGCGUUUGUUCCAUCUUCAAAAGAACAAAUCGCCAAGCAUUCUGACGAUUUAGCAAAAGUAACUUUGAGAAAUAUCAAUGGCCAGACCCAAAGUUGGGAUGUAUUCGUGGCAACUUGGUUAGGAUUUGGUGCUAAUGAAGCUCGUAAAAGAUUCUUGAACCAAUUGAUUGAAUCAAUUAAUGUCAAUGUACAAGUGUCCAAUGAAGUCAAUGAUCCUUGUUUACAAAGAGGGGCUACAAUGAAUUAUAGUUACGAAGGAAAGAACUAUGUGAUUAAAGGGGUAGGGAAUUAUGAAGUCUGUGUAAAGACAAUAUAUCCGUUAUUAAUGAAAAGUAUCCCCUGUGAAGAUGAACCCUGUUUAUUUAAUGGUAUUCAUGGACCACAACUUAAUUUCGAAAAGGAUAAAUUCAUUGGCAUUUCCGAAUAUUGGUACACAGCUAAUGAUAUUUUUCAAAGCGGAGGAGAAUAUAAUUUCAAAGCAUUUAAUAAAAAGGUGAAAGAAUACUGUGAAAGUAACUGGGAUGUGAUUCUAGAAAAUGGGAAAGCUGGAAAAUAUUUGAAUUUAGAUCCUGAUAAGUUUUUGAAAGAUGCAUGUUUCAAGGCAAGUUGGGUAAUGAAUAUAUUGCAUGAAGGGUUUGAAUUACCUCGUUUAGGUAUUGAUAUAAAAAAUUCAGAAAGAAGUACAGACGUCUUAGAUAUAACCAAAGCCCAUGUUCCUUUCAAAUCUGCAAAUUCAAUAGGAGGAGAAGAAUUAUCAUGGACAUUAGGGAAGAUUUUAUUAUUUGCAUCAUCUCAAAUCCCACCAGUUUCGAAUAAUGAUAAGUUAGAAAUUGGAAUUUAUCCAAGUGAAAUUUCCCACAAGGAAUUUGUUCCUGGAGGUGUAUCAUUAAGCUCCAAGAGUUACGAUAGUGACGAUGAUGACGACAAUGGAGUUGGCUUCGGUCAAUUCAUGUACUCAUUGCUAUUCAUAUUUUUACUUCUUUUCUUUAUUUAUCGAUUCGGGAAAUCACACUUUGGAAAAUGGUCAUACAAACUUAGAAGAAUACAAAUUCCAAUCCAAUUUAGAAAACCAGCAGAGUAUGUUGCUAACAGAAUACCCGGAAUCCGUCGAUAUGUUGACUCAUUCAUUUAUUCCAACCUCGACCAAGCUAAUAUGACCUUAGAAGAAGGAUUAAUGGAAUUAGAAAUCCAACCUCAAAUGUCAAAACAAGCUCCAGGAACAAUUCAAGACGCAUCAGUAUUGCGAACUAGACUGACAAUAAGCUUAAAUGAACAAGUUGCGCCACAUCUAGAUACUCAGAAUUCUUCAGUACCUUCGCCAAGCUCGAAGUUUGCUAACCCUAGAAUGAAUAAUUUUAUGAAUAAGCCAUUUGUGGUACCUAAGAAGAAUGGACAGGGAAGUUAUCAGAGCGAAGCUGAUAGUCGCGAAUCAUUGCCCAGAGGAAACAAUAUUCCACGAUCAAAGAGUUCAAUAGAUUAA